AGCAGUCUUUUCUCUUCUUCCGGGAAAUGGAGAAUGUUUGGGUUUAAUGUUAUAACCUAGAGUUACACUAUCUAGUAAAACUGAUUUUCAGUUAUAUAAUUGUUUGCGGUAUGGCUGCUUGAUAACUGAUAAUCUGGUUUUUACAAUUUCAUAGGGCUUACUGAAUGGCAAUAUGGAGAAACCUGGGGAAAUUGUCAAGCAACUUGAAACUUUUGUAGUUAAAGAGGCGCCUUCUACUGCUUAUUAUGUUCCUGAAUUCAUAAGCAAGGAUGAAGAAGCAUACCUUCUACAGCAAGUAUACAAAGCCCCAAAACCAAAGUGGACCCAGCUUUCUGGCCGGCGACUUCAGAAUUGGGGUGGCCUGCCCCAUCCUAAUGGGAUGCUUUCUGAGAAACUGCCCAGCUGGCUUGAGAAAUACACUGAAAAGAUUUCUGCCCUUGGAGUAUUUUCUGGGAAAACUGCCAAUCAUGUCUUGGUGAAUGAAUACAAACCAGGUGAAGGAAUUAUGCCACAUGAGGAUGGGCCGCUCUACCACCCCACAGUGACUACUAUUAACCUGGGGUCUCAUACUCUCUUAGAUUUCUACCAUCCAAUAGACAAUUCACAGGAUGUUCCCCAAACUGAAAAGAGCCGCUACCUACUGUCUCUGCUGGUGGAGCCCCGGAGCCUUCUGGUUCUUCAGCAUGACAUGUAUAAGUACUUUCUUCAUGGCAUCCAGGGUGUGAAUCAGGACAUCCUAACUGACAGGGUAGCUAAUCUGUCAGCAACAAAUGCUUCUAUGGGAGACUGCUUGACUCGGAGCACCCGUGUGUCAUUGACGAUACGGCAUGUUCCUAAAGUUCUAAGAACCACUGUGCAACUGGGCAAAUAAGGUCCAGUGGGGCUCCCACAAGUGUAAUUUGAUUGUUAGAAUUUUCCAAGUUCAAAUCAAGCUUUUAAUAUUGCUAGUACUUGAGGGAGGGAUAAAGCACAUGUAUAUUUGCACAAUGUUCCGUUGAGAUUUUGCUUUUAUUGUUUAUAAUACAACACAUACAGGAAGUGGCAGUAUUAUGUAAACAGUAACGCUGUGUUCAUUUUGUUGUGUGUUGUAUUUGGAGUUUAAAAAAAUAAAAAAGGCGUUCAGUUAAACAUAA